UGUACUAGGAGUCGUCAUUUAUUCUGCAGGCUUGAGGUAAGGGCAUGUUGGGCAGCCGUGGACACUACCAACGUCAGCUUCAGAGGGGUGGUCUUACUUAUACGCUCGGGUAAAUGUAAACACACAGACUGCACAAUUUUAGCACAGUCGAUGCAGCGCGUUUGAAAAUUGAGGGAGAGAGGUACAGUUUAGCAGACGUGUUUCCGGCCCAUUCCUUUGCUUUUUGUCACCCCUCCUACACAAGCUUGGGAAAUUCCCUCCACAUGUAUAGUGGUUUGUGAGUUUUGGGGAGCACGAUGGGGUUGAGUUCGCGGCUCGGCAUAAUGUGCUAGAUUGGCGAGCACGGGAAAGAUUCAAAGCAGGAGUUACAUUGGACGUGUGUUUGGAAAUACUUCAGGACCAAGAAGACUUUGACAUCAGGACUCUUGUGUUUUGUGUGCUCUGAGUGUGUGUCGAUCCAAGAGAAACUGUUGCUUUGAAACUUUCGUGGGUGAGCUUGAGUUUCUCUGGUCACAGAGGGGGAUCGUCUGUGUGUGUUUAUGUAUGUGUGUCGGAGUUAUCUGAUCCCAUCAUAAGUGGGAGGUGCUCAGGGGCGGAGCUCCAGCGAGGGGCAGAAAUCUACAGGCUGCAGCCUCUCAAACAUGAACAAACUGUCUUUCCACAAUAACAAGAUGAUGCAGGACCGUCGGUGUGUGUGCGUGUUCCUCCCGAAUGAUGAAACGCUCAACGUCAUUGUCAGUGUUAAGACUGUGUGUCAGGAGUUGUUGAUGCAGGUGUGUGAUCUACUCAGGUUGAAGGACUGUCAUCUGUUCGGUCUCAGUGUUAUUCAGAAUAAUGAACACAUAUACAUGGAACUGGGACAAAAACUGUCUAAAUAUUGUCCAAAAGAAUGGAAACGCGAGGCUAGCAAGGGAAUUGAUCAAUUUGGGCCUCCUAUGAUUGUUCACUUUAGAGCACAGUAUUACGUGGAAAAUGGCAGACUUAUUAGUGAUCGGGUGGCGCGCUAUUAUUACUAUUGGCAUCUGCGGAAGCAGGUCCUGCAGUCUCAGUGCAUCCAGAGAGAGGAGGCUUAUUUCCUGCUUGCUGCAUCCGCGCUGCAGGCCGACCUGGGGAACUUCAAACGCAACAAACACUUUGGUUCCUAUUUCCAGCCGGAAGCUUAUUUUCCCUCUUGGGUGAUUGCGAAGAGAGGAUGUGACUAUAUUCUCCGUCACAUUCCAAACAUGCACAAAGAGCAGUUCGCACUCACUGCAUCAGAAGCCCAGAUGAAGUACAUUAAAGAAGCAGCGCUCCUGGACGAUGUGGCUGUUCAUUAUUAUCGUCUUUACAAGGAUAAAAAGGAACUGGAAGCCUCUUUAACUCUGGGACUCACCUUACGUGGAAUUCAGGUUUUUCAGAAUGUGGGAACCGUCAGGCAGCUCUUGUAUGAUUUCCCCUGGACCAACGUGGGAAAACUGGUGUUCGUGGGAAAGAGGUUUGAGAUUCUUCCUGAUGGUUUGCCCUCUGCGAGGAAGCUCAUCUAUUACACAGGCUGUCCUCUGAGGUCCCGACACCUCCUACAGCUGCUCAGCAACAGCCAUAGACUGUUCAUGAACCUACAACCUGUGCUGAAACAGGUUCGACGUCUGGAGGAAAAUGAAGAAAAGAAGCAGUACAGGGAGUCAUACAUCAGUGACGCACUGGAGGUGGACAUGGAUCAUUUAGAUCAGCGUUCGCGGGCCAGCGGCAGCAGCGUGGGCAGCACGUCACGUCCCAAUCCCUUUUCACGACACUCCAGCACGAGUCACGGCAGCUCCCGGACAUCUGGGGUCGACACAGAUAGUUUUCGUACUCCUACAAACACUGCCCACAGACCACUGAGAACGCACUCGUCCUCCAACACCAGCCACGCCAGUACACACACGUCCGGUAUUGAGAGCAGCAGCAAGGAGCACUGCUUGGAUGAAGAUGAGAUUGAGAUGUUGGUUGAUGAUCCGAAAAGCUGUGAAGAUCUUGAUGAAUUAGAUCUUAACCAGGAGCUGUGUAUCCACAUCACAGAAGAAAUGCUGACAUCAGCACAGAACAACGGCUGCUCCGGGUUAGUGGUGAAGGAAGUCAGUUCCUCCACAUCCAGCUCAUCAGAGACAGUCGUGCGAAUGAGAGGCCAGAGCAUCGAAUGUCUCCCCCAGACGGCGAUGGGCAGGAAGGGGCAGAGCUCCACAGAUCGACACAGCCAGUCACUGGAUGAUGUUCGUCUCUUCCAGAGAAACUGUCAGGAGUGGGCGGAGCUUUGUCAGGACACCGCACACAGUUAUACGUUCGGCUGCGAACCGGACCUGGGGGAGGCCAGCAGCAAGUACCAAGGACUUGCGGACCAGUGUGCUGGUAUCCGGAAUAACCAGCAUGUGUUUGGCAUCAAGAGAACCAGCAAGUAUUUCUCUCUGGAUCUUGACAGGGAGGAUCUGACCGUAGGGCACCUGAACAGUGAAGCAGAGCCUGAGUUUGUGGUGUGAUGCAGAGGAUUGAAAAGAGCCCCAGAACAAAUCAAGAAUUACGGGAUGCUAUUGUUACAAGAGUAGUUCUCCAACAAUGAAAGUUGUGUCAUCAUUUACUCACACUCGUGUCAUUUGAAAUCAAUAGAAAGUGAUUUUCUUUCAGCUGUAAGCUAUUUAGGUUUAUUUAUGUUAUGUAGCUGUCGAAAAGGGCUGUCAGUGGUUCAUAUGACUUCUGUGCUAAGUCUUUUGAAGUCAUUCGAUAGCUUUGUGUGAAAAUAGACUGAAAAAUCGAAUAUUUAUUUGCAGAAAAUGUAUUUCAUGCAUUUGGAAAUUCACGUAAGAUUUGAAUCCAUUCACUACCGCUGUAUAGAAAGAGCAUUCUUCUAAAUCUGAUUUUGCGUUCUGUUGUAGAAAGAAAACCAUACAGCUUUUGGAAAGACACAUAAUAAUGUUGUGAGUAAAUGAUAUCAGAAUUUACAUGAUUCCUUGAACUAUUCCAAAAAAGUCAUUAGCGUGUGUGCGUGAGUGUCUGAAGAACUGCACCAUCUUAAUGCCAAAAAUACUAAAAUCAAGAAGCUGCAUUACCAAAGCAUUCAGAGGUGUGUGUGUGUGUGUGUGUCGGUGCUGGCUUCCCUAACCCAUAGUGCCUUAAAACACUACGCAGGUUCUCAAACUAAAGUUUCUGCACUCUCGGUUUACUCCAUUCAUUAAACCAUCCACCCUCGUUUCCAAGGAGCACCCCACUCCUGUCUCCAAGAAUAACACUAAACCUUAUGAGCUUUUGGGGAUUGUGGGAGCUGAAUCAUGUUAGCAUUAUAAUCGGAGGGCAAGAGACGGGGCGUGCUGAUGCGUUGGAGGAACGGCCGAUGGUAUUUUUGGCCAGUGUGGCUUUUGUACACAGCCAAUACUGGAGCUGCUCAAGGGGUAAAGAAACUGUCUUCCAUCAGAACUGUUUCUUCAGACUUUCUCCAACUGGAACUUGUGUGCGGAGCGUAGUUAUUUCUUUAUGACGUUUUCUAAAGAAUGACUGCUGUGGAUUUUUAUGGUGUGUUGCCUGUCAGUAUUAAGCUGUUAUGGGAGACAGUAUUAGAAACCUUAUGUAAAGGUUAUGCGAUGCAUUUCUUCCAUCUAAAUGAGUGUGUGUACACGUUCAAAGGAAGGUCAACAUAAAUAUUAAUGAAGCAUAUCUUAUUUGAGCGUAAUGUGUAUAGAUGAUGCAGUGUAGAUCAGUGCAGAGCACUGUAUUACAAGGGAACCCAUUUUUGUCCAAAUAAAAGCUUCUUUCUUUUCAGGUUUGCUGUUUGGAGGUCUUAAGAGAAACGGCACUUUAUAGUUCAUGUGCGACUAACGGAGACACAAGUAUUACAUCUUUUUAUUCCCCACAAACUUUAAUUUCUUUUCCCUGAACUCCCUUUGAGACAGCAGUGAUAAACAAAUUUUCACAUUUUGGUCAGUUAUAUAGCUGUCUUAAAAUAUUUUUCACCCCACAUGAUUAAUGGAAAGUUUGAGUGUUUUGGAGUUAAAAUCAGAUUUUAUGGUGAUGUUAGUCAUGAAUCAGUUCUGUGUGAAAAUGAAAGCCUAUCAUACAUGGACCCCAUGUUAUGUUUGCAGCUAGACGUUGUCCUUUCUGUGAAAGGAAUUCCCUACAUGACAAUGAAAUGAGAUUUUCCCUGAUGGUUUGAAGACCCGUAUAAAUCUGUUCCCACAUUGAAAUGUAUUCUGUGCCUUGCAGGUGCCAAAGUCCUCAAAUGUUUGCAAUAAAAGGUACCUUCAUUUGUAACUUCUGCA